UUACGCAGGCAGCGUCCAGUAGCGCGUGGGGGCGUGGUGUAUCAUGGGAAAAAAAAAAGUUGUUUGUAAAUCAGUUCCAAGCCCUUCAGCCCAAGGAAAGGAGGCAAGAGGCACUAAAAAAGAGUCUUCUCCGACUUUAAAAGAGAGACGUCGGCUAGUAAUGUCUGGAGGGAGGAUGCCCAACUGCCCUGCCUCUGCGUCCAAGGGUUUCAGCUCGACCCCUGUCAAGACGAGUCAGAGGAAAGACCCCCACAUAUCCAAGGGAUUGGAGGAUGGCAUCAUAUCCGACGACGAAGACACGUUUUCUUUGCUUUCUCCCAUCUACCAUGACAGUUUUGAUAGUGAUGAAGAAGACCAGGAGUCUAUCCCAGAUCGGCUGAACUCACCCAGGCAAAGCGAUGAAUCCAGCUCCUCCCCAGUCAGAUGUGAGCUACCGAAAACACCUUCUGAGAGGAUGUUCGGUGCAACUUCAGCUUCUCUCAGCGCAUGGGAAAUGUGGCUGGUGAACAAAGCUAAAGAGGACCGUCUUAAACUGGAACAGAAAGCAGAAGAGGAGCGAUUACUAAGAGAAAGAAAGGAACAGCAAGAAAGAGAACAGGAACGGAAAAGGGUUGUAAUGGAAGAGAGGAUCCAAGAAUGGCUAAAAAUGAAAAGAGAACAGGAGAGGCAAGAGCAACUUCUAAAACAAAGGCAACAGGAGGAGGAGAAGCAGAGGCAGCUGGACAAAGAAAAGGAGAUUAAACAUAAAGCUCAGCAGAAGUACAAAGACUGGCUGCAGAAAAAGAACCAAGAAAAAAUGGAACAGGAAAAGAAGGAAAAAGAGGAUGCUGCCAUGAAGGAAGAGCAGGAGAGGCAGCGUCACAGGAGGGCAGAGGAAAAAUUUAAGGAAUGGCUGGCGAAGACCAAUGAAAAAAGCAGAGCAAGUCCCAAAUCACCUCACUACCCAACAAAUCCCUACGACAAAUCAUACCCAUCGCCCAGCUUCUACAAUCCAAUCCCCUGGAAGCCAAUUCCCGUCCCUCCUCCAGAUACAACCCAGAACAAGACGUCUGGCAAGAAACCUCAGAAACAGAGGAGAAGCCAGCAGAGCAGCGGCACGGCUUUCCGACUCAGGAACACUUCGAGUGCAGCUCAGCUGCUGCACAGGAGAUGACACAGCUUGCCAACAUCUGUGACUAGGACGUGGUAGUUUAGUCAAAAAAUGAUUUCACAGCGACUCAUCUACACCAGCACAGCUCCUGCUCUGCUGAGUCACAGGAUGUUUGUGGUUAUGGAACAUACCACCAUAUUUAUUUGGUUUGUUAGAUUUUUGUGAUAAUUCAGAUUAGUUUAUGAGGUUCUGUAGCAAUAAAGUGUGACUGAAUGUUGUAGGUUUACAGAUUUUACAUGAUUUUACAGGUCUGUGUAUAUUUUGUCCUUCAGUUUCGUACCAUAAUAAUGUCUACCAUAAAUGUUGGAUAGAUAUUAAAAGCAUGAAAUAUG